AUGUCAGCACAAGACUACUACGGCGGCACCCGCCAAAACACACACACCCCCGGCGGUUCCUCCUCCCGCCACAGCCAACACCUAUCCGCAGGCCCCCUCAUAGACCAAGCAGGCUACCGCCCCCGCUCCGCAACCUCCGACCGUCCCCGCUCCUCCUUCUCCUCCCUCGGCCUCCCGGGCUCUUCUUCCUCCUCAUCUCACCACCGCUCCCGAUCCUCCGGUCCACCAGGCUACGACGCCCAACUCGGUACAGGCCAAGAAGGCGAACGCGGCAUCAUCUCCACCAUCGGCGGCGGCGCGGCAGGAGGGUACGCAGGCAAGAAGUUUCUGGGGGGCAAACUCGGCGCCGUGGCGGGGGCGUUGGGCGGUGCGGUUGUCGCGAACAAGUUGGAGCAUCGGUUGAGUGGGAGUCACCACGGGCACUCCAGCAGCAGUAGCCACGGACACGGUCACCAUGGACAUCACGGGCAUCAUCACCCGCCGCCGCCUCCUCCUCCCCACUAUGGAGGCCACCACCACCACGGGGGGCCUCCCCCGCCCCCGUACGGAGGUCACCACUACGGCCCGCCGCAUCAUGGUCCCCCGCACCACGGCGGUAGCCAUCAUUCCUCCGGUGGCUUCGGCGGGCUGGUCGGUUCGUUGAUGCAUCGUGAAAAGUCCCACGGAGGACACCACGGCGGUCCUCCUCACCACGGGGGCGGUCACCACGAUCACCACGGACAUCAUGGCCACCAUGGAGGCUGGUAA